CCCUCCAUUUGACGCGUGGAACCCGUGUUCGCUAUGGGCCGAGCGAAGCCCCUCAGCGGCGAAUCGGUGAAGCUGCUGUUGCAAGGGGAGAUCGCCCCUGACGAUGGCCCUUGGCGCGCAACGCCAGGCGACCGCUUCGGCAAGAGCAGCUUCAAGGUCUACGAGGCCGCCGGGUUUCAGCAGGUGCCGCCCUACCUGCUGGUUUGGCUCCAUGGCAUGGACAAUGGCAGCAUCGAGCCGGGCUACCUGGCGAAGAUCCAAAGUCGGCUCCAGCAUCGGGUGAUCUUUAUGGUACCCAUGAGCCCGCAGACCACCGAGGACGGGCUCCACUUCAACUGGGGCUGCGCCUUCAGAAAGAAGGAGAACAAGAAGCAGCUAGGCUACGUCUUCGGGCAACUUCACGAGG